AUGGAUGGGGACAACGGAAGGAGAGGGAGGCCGCCUCCGGUGACGUGUUCCAAGAGCGGCUGCGGCGGCAGGGCGAACCAGAGCUGCGUGGGCGUGCUGUGCAGUGCCUGCUGCCGGUCCGCCGGGAACAAGUGCAAGGCGCAUGCAGUACGAGCACCGCCCAAGCCAAAGACUCCCGAGAGCCUCUUACUUCGAAGCCCCUUUGACGUGUCCACUCUCAGCAGGCCGCAAAACCGUCCAGAGCACGAGGAAGUUGGCAGACUCGGCCCGCUUCGGGUUCCUGACGCAAAGGCCCCUGGAACACCCAAGAGGGAACCCGUACUUGGCAUGAAGGCACUCCUAGUUCACACUGGGGAUGUGGGCAGAGCUUUUCUCGGGGACCAUGGGGCUGGAGCAAGAUUGGAGGGGACGCCCCAGAUGAGAAAUGCUGAAUAUUCGGGGGCAACAAGUGCAGAAGCAGAAAAGAUCAAGGUGAAAGGGGGAGGCGGCGAACAGGCGGAGAUACUCCAGAAACGGGAAGGUGACGAGAUGGAACGGAUGCAGGUAGAGGCUGUGACUGCGGGGCUGGCAGGGGAACUGGAGAAGGGCCCCAUGGGCCUCCUAGGGAUCGCUUCCUUGAGGCAGCGUGCAAACAAUGACGCUUUGCCUGUGGCGCUUGCAACGGAUGCGCAGGGGUUUGGACCGGGGAAGCAGUCAGUCCCGCGGGAGGAGGCCAGCAACACGGCUGACGACUCCCUGGAGCAGGUGGGCCUCAGCCAUGCGGAGAUGCAGGCACUGUGGAACGAGGACGAGGGUGACGGGGGAUCGCUCAUGACGCAAAACAGGGGAGAGGGGGUCUAUGCCACACCGGACAGCUCGUUGCAGAGCGAACCAUUUUCGAGCAGGGGGAUGCCGCUGCCAGAGCCACUUCCGGGUUUUAGUGGGACGCUCUUCGGAGGCCAGAAGGGGCGUAGUGUGGGGCACGUGGAGUCUCCUCAGAGCAGCGCCGCGGAGCAAGAGCUGUUCCAGCGGAUAUCCAGCCAGCGCAGCCCUUUUACAGCACCCCUACGGCCGAGUUCCGCGCUUUUGCGUGAGACGCACGGGCCGGGCUUCACCCCAGAGUUGGCGAGUGCUGCUUUUGCCGCACAGCUGGGGAGCAGAAAUCCUCAGACGAACCCUCCUCCAACGUCCGGGGGCGGGGCCGAAUUCGACCGCCAGCUGGCGGAGACGCUGACGCCGGGGCGGGCGGCCGCCUUCGCCAGUGGUAUUGGAGGUGCUGGUGGUGUAAGAACAGGGGACCCUAGCAGGGGUCCGCAGAUCCCCUGGGCGGGCCCCACCACCCGGUCUCCGUCCCUCCAGGCUUCAACGGGAGCCUCGGCGCUCACCCCCCCGAGCGGCUUGCUGGAGCGCUACCAUCUCGACUUCCAGAAGUCGGCGCCCCUCAAGCAGGCCUUCGCCUUCCCCCAGCUCAACCCAGACUCGUUGAGCCUCAGCUCGUCCCUCCGCUCCAGCUCCGCUGAGCCGUCCCCCACCUCCUUGGACCGUAAUUCCGGGUUCGCUGACCCAGCCAUGAGCCCUGGGCUUGAGCGGAGCAGCCCGUGGCCCCUGAGCCCCCUUGGGGAGGCACUACUGCCGCAACCCCUCCCCAGUGGUCCGCUCAGCUCGGCGAACCCCCGAACCUCGUCGUUUGCAGAGUUUCCGCUACGAGGGGGCCGCUCUGAAGGUCUCCCGACUUCUCCUCCGCUGACCUACCCCUUGGGUCGAACAUUCGGCCAGCUGGGAAGAGGGUGGACCGGAGGGUUUGGCAGCGAAAAGACGGAGCAGACUGGACCUGCCACCAAACGGAUGCGCCUCUCGAGCGCUCCGCUGACCCGCCCCGCUGACGCCCAGCCCCUGUCACCACCCAAGCCGAAGACCUGGGAGCUACCCCCCGCACCCGAGCCCAUGUCUCCCGCCUACUCCACAUGGCCCUCCUCCGGCGGGUCCGGCCUCCCACGCGUUCCGUCAUCCAUUCCGUCCGUUCCCGUUCUGGUCAGCCUGGCACCGGAGAGCCUGCCCCCCGCGUCCAUCCCCAUCCUGGUCAUGCAGCUGCAAGCGCUGCACGAGACCGUCCCGCUCCAUCUCCAAGCCCAGGUUCUGGCGAGCAACCGCCCGCUGCGCAUCCUGGCAGACGCUAUCGAAGCGCACCGGAUGGGGACUGCCGGCGCGGGCAGUGACGGGGGCAAGGGCAGCGCUGCUGGGCAGGGGGAUCCCGCCCCGCAGGCCUCACCCAGGACAAGGCAAUUUGACGGAGGUGGGAAUGAGGGGAGCGUACAGACCACAGGGACGACUCCGGGUCCGGGGAAGAACUCAGGCCGCGAAAAGCGUAAUUCCGAGGGGAAGAAUAGGGGGGCGGCGGGGCCCUCGGUUGAGGCGCCGGGGGGCCCCCCUCGUGUGCUGAAACAGGAAGGUUCAGAUGGCACGCCAGCAGCUGAGCUUCGGAAGCUGGUCAGAGCAGAGACAGGGGAAGUGGCCCGGCAGAGUGGAGCGCUUCUACAAGGAUCUGCGGAAAGCAAAAGGGAGCUGGCACUACGGCAUGGGACCGGUGCGCUGGGGGCAGCUUUUGCGCUGCCUCAAGGGAAUAUAGAAAGCGGCUUAGAUAGAGGCAGCAGCCCUCGGAACGAGGUACCUGUGACAGAGGGCUUUGAGCUAGCCAAAGACGCCGUUAAGGUUGAAGGUGGAUCAGUAGUUAGCGAGAUCAAGACUCUAGCUGUAAAUAAGGAGAAGCUGGCAAACAGAAGCUUGCCGGACAUAGACUUAGAAGAAGCGGCAGAGUGGCAGUCGGGCCAGGUGGACGGGGGGCCAGCGCUGGCGUUCAAGGGUCUGCCCAGUGUCCGGGACUCGGAGGUGCAGUGGUCGUCCGCCGUCGGUCGAAAGCCUGAGUUGGACGAGGGCUCCGCUGUGACGACGGAGGAGAGCGCGGUGGGCCGCGCUAAGGACCGGCUGCGCGCGACGACCCAGCUCAUGCAGCACCUGCUGCCGGCACCCCCCUCGCCGGCCAUGGGGGGGGCCUCCCUUCAGGACCGGGAAUACUCGGUCUACCUUACAGCCCGAGACACCCUCCAGGAAGCUGCCACGUGGGCAGCGCCACGUGGAGGAGAUGAUGAGCAACCGGGCUCGAAAGAAGUGGGGAGCACUCACGAGGGGGGCGCAACGCAGGGGGAGUCGAAGGAGGUACCGCAGGCUGCGGUGCUGGGAGGAGCUGAGGAGGACGCUCCGGACGAUGAGGAGCUGGCGGCGCGAGUGGACGACCUGAGGAGACACCUGCAGAGGCUGGAGGACGCCCCCGCGGGCGUGGAGGUCCUGCAGCAGAUCCUCCACUUCGACCAGGCUCAGACCGCGGGGGUGGGACUGACCGACGAGCAGGUCCAGCGGCGGGCGAGCUCUCUUCAGCGGAAGACGGCGCCUGGCCUGCCGACUUCCGUGGGACCCCCGGAGAAGCGCAAGCCGCACAAGGACUUGUAGUCGUAGUUGAUGCUUUGCGGUGUACAGAGGACCAGUCACUUCCUCGUAUCCAAUUGUAUGCCGAUGUCAAGAGGCGGAUGCAAAAUGCUAGGUGAGUUGACUAAGUGCCUUGCAUGGAUGACGGCGCUAGAUUACGUUUAAGGAAGACUUGCGGACGCUAAGUAAGGGCACAGGUAGUGGCUUUUCCAUCAACAUGCAGUUGCGAAGGUCAGUCUCAAAACAAAUCUUUUUUUGGGGAUGAAUCAACAAUAGUCGCUGUACCUUGAAAAUCUCCCCGAGCCUGGAAUCAUGAACAUCAUUAAAAGGUUGACGCCUUUUCGG